UCCUGAAACAAACUCUACCACUCCAAUAAUUAACAAACCAGUCAAUUGCUACUUAUCGUUACUGCUGAGGCGUCUUUAUCGUCAGCCUCUCUGCAAAGUGGCAGCGGUACAACAACAGACGAAGCAAAAAUAUGUCCAUUGACUUGAGUGAGCUGAAACGGAGUGACUUCCCAUCAUGUGUGAGGAAGGGACUCUAUCAGCUAGAGGAAGUGUUGCACAUGCCACAUGUUCCCCAUCACCAUGAGCUGCAGCAACACAUCAUGGACCAGUUUGUGUUCUGCUGCUGUGACUCCUCCUCCAAGAUAAGGGCUAUUGGGCCUGUGGAGGAGCUUGUGGUGGUGCGAGAACUGAGCCAACACCUGGGCAAGAUGGUGGAUACAGCAUCCCGCAAUUCCCUCUUUAUUACCCUUUUCCAUCCGUCUUCCCAUGACCCUCGCACUGCACACAAACUGCGUAUCCUCUCAGCCUUGGUGUCUUUGGCCAUUGCAACCCAUAAUGUGUCUGUUCUGGAGGCCACAGCUGUGUGGAUGCAACAAGUAUGUUGCCUCAGCGGGUUUAGUGGUGAGGUGUGUCGAGGACUGGUACAAGAUUACUUCCAGUUAACCCCAUCAGCACCACCACACUUUGCUGCAGCCCUUAGAGCAAUGCCUACCAUGGCCCCACUCUUCACUGCAAACCUCAUCACCACACUUUCCCAACUCUAUGCCAAAAUAGGCAGUGGUGAGAUGUGUGAACGUCCUCCUGAUGCCCUGGUGAGCACAAUAGUGUGGUGGCUGAAGGGCACACCAGGCCUGCCACCACACCUGGCUCUGGUUCCCCUCACCAACUCUCUCCCUGGUGUAUCUCUCCCCAUGACAGCAGUACCUCCAUUGGCACCUCUUAUGAAGUGGUGUGUUGAGGCACCUUUCUUUGAGCCGACAAAUGACUCCUCUGAAACCCUGAAGCGCAAAGUCAAGAUGAUGAGAACAGAGACAGAACUUGAAAAAGCCACAGUUGGUCCAUCCCCAUCUUCCUCCUCACCUCCCCCCUCCUCUUCCACAUCCUCAUCCCCUCCUGUCUCCUUUAAGUCAUCCCCUUUAUCGGAGACCAGCAGUGAUGUCUACUCCCAACUACACCUCUCUAUCUUGCAAACACUUCAGAAUGUCCCCUCUGUUCGGGCACGCAUGACACAAAAACAGGUGUUGUGUCCAAAGCAUGUGACAUCAGUGGUGGAUGCUGUAAGUGAACGGAUCAGGAGCAGCACAGGCAGCAGCAGUAGCAGUAAUACCAAUAAUCAGAUGGUUGAUGAAGAGGCCAUAGAUUUGGCACUCAACAGACUGGCACAGACUAUCCUUGUGGCACUCCAGACAGAAUCUCUCUCUGGGUCACUAAGUGAUAUGUGGGACUCUUUGCAUAGGUUGCCCAAGAAGAACAGACUCAUAUCCACUCUCCUUUCUAGCCGGGAAGCAAGGUGACAGUGAGACACACAAGGGGGGCUGCUUUCCUCUCUUCCCAGGUUCAAGAUUAUUAUUCUUCAUGCAUGCAGGACAAUUCAUACAGCCUGCACAAGCCCAAAAUUGUUGCUAGGCUAAUAAUUUUUAGGGUUUGUGUAUCCAAGGAUAAUUAAUUAUAUGCCAGGCAAAUGUGAUCUGUUUAUGCUAGUGAAAAUCAGUCUACUUGAAGAAAAAUGUAGUUUAUGAAACAAACUUUGAGGAUGAAGUAAAUCAUUAAUAAAAUUAAUAAAAUUUAAACUCAUGUCCAGCACUAAUAGGUGCUAUUUGAUUUGUAUGUAAGUAUCCCAAUGGACUGAUUGCUGUCUCCUAGAAGGCAGGUCAUUAUAUGAAAUAAUACUGUUUUCAGAGUCUCAUUCUGCAGUGCAAGUCUUACAGGAAUUCAGUUUAAUAAUUUGUAAUCCCAUUCUUAAAGUAUAUUUAAUGUAUGUAGAUAUUUACAGAAUAUGCUACAAAGAUCAGAAGAAAAUACACAUAUCAGGGUAUAAGGUGAAACAGAUGAAGGUUUGGAAAUGAAAGAUGUGAGGCUGAGGUGUGUGAUGUUUCUUCAGUUGAAUUUCUUGAGUAACUCAUACAUGAUUGAUAACCUAUAUAUGAUAGGGAUGACAGGGGGUAUGAUCUGGUGACACCUUUUGCAGUCAGCCUGGAAGAAGGAAUACUGUCACCACAUCCCCUGCAAGUUAUAAAAAGUAACCAAGAGAGAUGAAAUGAGGAGACAAAGCAUUAUAUAGACACAUGUCAUUCAGAUACAUGAAUACAAAUGCUACAGUUUUGUAUUAAAAAUGAAUUGCCAAAAGUUAAAUAAACCUUAGUUUUUUUCCCUGAUAUGAUUUUGUGAUUUUUUAAGUAAAUUAUGUAGCUUCAUUGACAGGAUGACAUGUUCAUCUAUAAGGUAGACUAUGUAAAGUUUUGAUUGAAUGCAGAAAAUUCACAAGCAUACAUGGUAUAAGAUAACAAAAAAAAAAUAGUCACAUCUCUUGUAUUUUUAUAUAUGAAUACAGUUCAGUAUGUAAUUAUAGAUUUUUCUGAGCCAUCCCAUUAGUCUUGGACUUUCUCUGUAUUGAGAUCAAAUGAACGACAGCAAAAAGUUUUUAUUUAAAAUGUAUUAAUGGUGUAAUGCAAUGGUAAAAUAGAGGCCAACUCACAUCUUUCAAACCUACUCGUACUUCAUUAUUCUCGUACUAGCAGGGUAAGCCAUCACAUCCUCACCUUUGUGAGGUGCACUUUGUUAUUACACCCUGUGUUGAAAUGGCAAAAGACUUGCUGUGACCAUCGACAAUGUGAAUUUUAUGUUUUAUUUAUUUAUUUUUAACUGUUUUUGAUAAAUGUUAUUGUUUUUAUUGGCACAAAUUAGAAAAUUGCAGCAGUAUUAUAGACAGUCUCCUGGUCCAUCCCUCUGGAAAGAACACUAUGCUAGCUGCCAGCUUGUCGAGAGGGCAAGGAGGCUGUAGGCAAAGAAGAAGUCCAUUUCAUCCUGAGGGAUAAGUGAAAUUUAUCCAGGUUACCUAAACCUAUAAGUAUUAAUGGAAUUAAAGUAUUAGACGUCAAAAGACAAGCAAGGAGUGAAGAGUUUUGCUAGAGGAAGAAUGAAUGUUGUAGCAAUACAAAAAUUGCACAUCAAAGGUAGUAAAGUAAUGGACUGCAUGAAGGAGGAUGAAAUGAAGCAUAGCAUGGAUUAGGAAGAGGAGAUACUAUAGUGUGGUAUGAAUGGGAAAUGAAAGGAAGUGGAAAAAAAAAUGUGCAUUUGUAUGUAAUGUCCUCCAGGGUAUGGAAAGAAAAGCAAAUAGGUGAAAGAGUCAAGAAUAGUGUAGGCAAUGGGAAAUAUAAGGAAAAGGCAGAAGUGUCAUACAUCAGAGCUGUGGAUGGCCUCAGUGCUCCUCUCCAUCUCACUGGCACUUGACCCUACUGUGGAUAAUAUCACUUAACCCAGAACACAGGAUCACUGUGACAUCUGCAUUUCCACAGUUUACCUUCCCAAGUUUAUCCAGAUACCCUUUUAUCAACUAACUCAAAGGAAAGAUGAACAGUUAGGUAAACUGUGCAAUGACUCCCUGUAGAUUCAUAGUCAGGCAUGCUACUCACUGCACCACAGAAGCACAGGGAAGGUAGGAAUAGUGAAAUAUGUGUGAAUCUCAUUGAAUGCAGCAGUAAAUGUAAGUGGAAAAAGGAGAGAAAAGACAAAGUUCUAGAAUGUUAUGAAUGAGUAUUCCUGGAAGAUAGGGAGUACAGUCUUUUAUGGAAAAUAUGAGUAGAAAGGCUAGAAAUUAGUUGACAAGUGCAAUGGAAAAACAUGCAAAUGGAGUGGAUGAGAUUGAAGUGGUGGGCAUAUGUGUAGAAAAAAAAGGUUGUUCCUGGCAAACACUUUUAAAGAUGUUGAUCAACAAGUAUAUAUGGAGGAGGGAUGAGGGUGGUAAGCAGAAAAGUUUGAUUAAUUAUAUAGUAGUGGAUAAGACUGAGAAGGGUGUUGGAUACCAAGGUAAUGAAAAUAAUAUUCAAAGAUUCAGAUCACUCUGCUGUUUUAGUUAAGAUUAAAUAAGAACUAGAAGAAAGUAUGGUAGGAGAAUGGUAAAGGGAAGGUAAGUAAGGUGUUAGCUAUUCAAUAGAUGGCUAAGGAGUUAAGGGAGGAAGUUAUGCGAGAGCAAAGAAACCAGGGUGAAAGUUGGAGAAAGGACAAGUGCUAACAGGUAAUGUGUCUAAAGGUGUAGUGACUAUGAAGAAUGAAUAAAGAAAGCUUUAUAGAAAAAGUGGGAAAUGUAUAGUGGAUGGCUGAGGCAGAGAGAGAGGAGAGCAUAAGAGAAGAUACUGCAAAAGAAUAUAUCAAAGGAAAUUAGAGUAAGGAGAAUGACAGUACACAUCUUAGAAUGGAAAAGAGAAUGAGUUGGUAAAAUUAAAAGGAUAGUGUUAGGUAAUUGGGUGAAAAUUUCAACAAGAACUGCCAACUAUUUUAGGAAGAAAAGAAAGAUAGGAGUGUGCAAAUGAAGAGAAAAAGAUGGAGUUCUUGCAAAUAACAAAGUGGUGGAAAAAGUAUAGGAAAGAAAUUUUGAACAUUUAAUGAAGAAGAAAGUAUGGGGAUCAAUGUUGUUGAUCUCAGGCCUGAGACCUUCCAGUCCUAACACUCACACCAGCUAUGAGACACCAAGUGGCACAGCUGCACACACUGCCACUCAGGUAGGCUCACAGCAAGGCAUGUGCUGUGCAAUCAGCACACUCCCUGGCAUCACAAGUGCAAGGUAUGGAGAGCAAAAACUGAGUGCUACACAAUAACUUCUACUCUACUGCCCUCCCAACCACCAUCACCACUACUUUCCCAACUUUCUAUUACUAUGCUAUGAACCUCACUCGUGAAUCCUAGAGUCCUGGACAAGACCUCAAUUGCUCAGUUACUUGAAGCAGAACCCUACUGACAAAAGUGAAGCCUGCUUCAUGACUCUGUCCCAUAAAUCCUGCAGACAUGAUUUUGCUGAAAUACACAUCUUAAAC